UUGCGUCGAUUCCCCUCUCGCCCACCUGUUUGUACAUAAAUCUAUCGCUUCAACCGAGCGAGUAAUCAAGCCAUUGGCUGGGGAUAUUAUUACGAUAAUUAAACAGCCUCCCCUAUGUACCGCAAAAACGUCUGUUGUUUUAUCUUUACCGAUAAUUUGGACUUCCUGGGCUGCGUUCGGAUAGACAACGGACAAUAUCAAUGUGUGCAGGGCGGGAUUGAAGAACAUGAACAGAAUAACAUCGUGGAGGCGGGAUUGCGCGAGAUAAAGGAGGAAAUUGGCCUCCUUCCGCACGACGUCGAACUGGUGCAGGAGAUUCCGCCCCCAAACGGGGAUCCGACCGUCUUCCGGUAUAAAUCCAAAUCCUUAAGGAAGAAAUAUAAAGUUAUUGGUCAAGAGCAGCGCAUCCUCCUCUUCUACGCCCCUCGCGAUAUUAUCCAAAAGGUGGUGGUGAUCCCUCCCAAGAAUCUCAAGGCUCGACGAGAGUUCGAGAGGGUGGAGUGGGUUUCCAUGGCGGAGUUGUGCGAGAAGUGCCCUCCCAGUAAGGCGCAUAUUUUUAAACUAGUCAACGAACUUGCCCUACCGAUCGCUCGGAAUUAUUUGAAAAUCACGCACAAGAAUCCCCUUUAA